UCUCUCCCUCGGGUGUAACGUUCAGGUGCGCUUCGCCCUCAGAGGUGAAAGCUCGUGGAGUCGGUGCGAUGGAUUGUGUCUGACCAAGAGUCAUUUAUGGAGAAGAAAAAAACAUGUCGAAACGCCGGUGCAGCGUUGGGACAGGCCGACUAAAGUGAAAGGGUCGACUCACGGUUUCUAAUGGCUUUCACCUUUUUCUCAGUUCUCUCUUUCAAAUGUCACUUUUCUCAUCCUGUCUUCCCUCUCUAUGGCUCUCAGGUUGUGGGUCCUAAUCUUUCUUUCCAUGAACUAACCAAUUCGUCACACUGCUGACUAUUUCUUCAUUCUCUUCAGCUAUCCGCUGUCUCCCUGUUCUCCUCCUCUUCUUCUUCUCUUCCCUUCUCCUGUCAUGUCUGUAUCCAUGAGGAACCCGCCCCAGCGCCGGCGCUCUCUGGGUCCUGUCUCGCCCAAACGCAUCUACAGGAACCUGUCUGUCAGACUGAGGGGUGGAGAGUCAUCUGUUGCCGGGGAAAUGGACCCACCCAAACACUUCAGCAAGUCUGCAGAUGCUUACAAGACCCUGUGGGAAGCAGUGGAAAAUGAGGACACUCUAGCGGUACAAAGCCUGCUGUCCAGAGACCACACCAACUGUUUAAGUGGAGGUGGAGGAGGAAGCAUGUGGGAGAGAGGAGAGAAGAAAGAGAAGGACAUGGAGAGAGAGAGGGAGAAGGGCGUGAACAGGGUGAGCGAACAGGGCCUGGUCCCCCUGGACGUGGCUGCCCUUACCCACAAUUCCCCUCUGCUCCAUGUGUUGACGAAGGCGGGAGCGAGUCAUAACCCUGUUUUGUGCCGGCCGGCAGAGUGGGCACUUAAGCUGGAUGCUCUGGUGGCACUGGCGGGCAAACGGGUGGAGGAGAGGAAGAAGGAGCUAUUGAGGAAGGCAGGAGCAGGCCCUCAGGCACAGGCUGACGUCCACAAACACAUCCGCCUCUGGAGCCUCAGGCUGCAACUGUACUGCCGGAUGAGAGAGAACUUCCACAACACAGAGCUCCCUGGGCCUCCCAGCCAUGUGUCCAUACUGGUGACCAGCACAUCCUCUCUGUUCGUGGUAAUCAAAGAGCCACAAGGUGACACCAUGGGGCUCAUCACCCGCUACAGAGUGGAAUGGAGCACCUCAGCCAGCUUCAAACGCAUCCAUGGCUCAGCCCAAGUUACAGAGACCAAGAACCCAUCUCAUAGUAUCAAGGGACUCUCUGCAGGAGUGCAUUACUUUGUAAGAGUGAGUGCCUUCAAUGUGAAAGGAUGGGGCCCGCCUCAGUGCUCUACUCCAGCCAGCGCUGCCCCCUCCAGUUGGAGAGAGUGCGUUGGUGUGAAGUCACAGUUCAGAAAUCACGAGGGCCUCGUGAGGAAACUGCUGAAAGAUGCCAGAGAACCACAUUACAGAGGAUUCUGUAUAGAGAGCUCUAAGCCCCAGAGUCCCAGCAAGCGUCUGUCUGUGUCUCGAGGCAUCAAACAACUGUUCCAGUCCGCCACCAAGUUUGUUCGUCUCCUACAGAGGGGCGUGUACUUGGCUACUGUGUUCUACCACAAGGAAAACAUCCUGGUGACAGCUGAAGAUCAGAUCCCACUGGUGGAGAUCCAGUGCUGCUCCAACUCCAUCACCCAGGACUUUAUAUGGUUUGCCAAGUUGUCCUGUGCGUGGCAACAAGUGCCCUGGCUCCAGCAAGCCCUCUCCUCUGCUUAUUCAUCCCCCUCCUCUCUCCUCCAGAACAGGCACAACAUUUUAAGAGCUGUUUCCCAGCUGCAGUCUUCCCUGGGAACGAUGGACCUGGGCCAGGUGUACUAUGAGCCUCUGAAAGACCGGCAGGGCAACGUUUUACUGGUGACCCUGAAGGAGUUCCCAAAUCCUCCCAGCCCUCCUGACCCUCCGCUUCACUGGAUGCCCCUGGCCCGCCUGGAAAAGAACCGCAGCAGAACUCCUCUGCUGCCUGAGCCCACUGCUAUGGACAUGCUCUACGAGCAGCUCAAGGAGAAACUAUACUUCCACAGGCACAGUGUUCAGUGGGCCCAGCCGGGUCUGUACGUGGGCAUCCUGAAACUGUGCAGCUCAGUAGAACAGAUCAGGGUCCUGGUGCCUCAGAGGCUGCCCAAUCUACUCUGCCACACACGGGUCCGACACAAUGCCCACGUCUCCAGAGAGGAGUGGGCAUGGCUCCAGACUCAUGUUUACACCACAACCAAUGACAGUGUUCAGAACCUGUUUGGCGGCGAGGACGAGAGCUUGAUGGAGAGCAGCGGGUUGGUGGAGUUCGUCAGGUCUCUGAGAGCAGCAGUCACACAUCUCUUGACAAAGCUCAACAUCCCCCUCUACAGGGCGUAUCAGUAUGGCGUGUACACCCGGGAGCUGCUGCAGUUCGGAGAUAAGCUGUCCGUGCUGCUGCUGCUGCCUCCCAGUGAGGACUUCAGCUCCAGCUACUGGCCUCUGGUGGGGACCAAGGAGCCUGGGCUCACCAUGCCCCUGCAGAUCUUUGAGCUGGUUCACUUCUGGACGUAUGAACGAGACUUCCUGGCCCAGUACUGCCAGGCCUGGGUGAGGCUGGAGCUGGACACUCAUCUGGCCCAGCAGGCUCUGCGGGAGGCGCUGGACACGAAGGAGGUGCAGGAAGCCCGAGAGCGCCUGAACCACAUCACUGAGCUUUCCCACCGUCUGGAUGUGGUGUGGAGGGACGCCCGUUGGAUUAUGGACUGUCUGCAGUGCGUUCGGUCCAAGCAGUGGGUGGGGGCGGUGCCUCUGGGCCUGGUGAUGGGAGGAGACCCGCCAGCACGUCCGGAUGGUGAAGAGGAGGAGGAGAGCCUGACUGCCAGACUGACGUGGCCCCAUCGAAUACAUGCACAGAGACAAGCCAUUGCAGACAGUUUAGCCAGCUCGACUGCACCAAAUGUUGUCACCGCCGAGAUCUCCGCUCAAGCGGGAGUCAUGGUCGUCCCUGAAGAAGCCGCACUGGCUUUAGCAGAGGGCGUCGCAAAGGGAGGAUACCCUGUAGACAUCAGCGCCCAGUCAACUGUAGACUUGACGAGCAUUGGCCAGUCAGAAUUGGGGUGUGCAAGCGCUUUAAUCGAAUCUGGACUAGAGCCUGCUGCUGUUGCACAGUUGGAAAUGGAGUACACAGUUCUGGACACGCAGGUGUCCUACAGUGAGGAACAGGACUUUCCGUCCAGCAUCACUGAGGUAAUCCGGCCAAUGGAGAUGGCAGAGUUGGUGGACAUCUUGCCCACUCUGAGUCUCAUUGAGGAGGAGACCCCCAGUGGCCCGUCCACACCAUCAGUAAUGGAUAUGCUCGAGAGCUUUGGACUGGGGAUUAAUGAAAACAACACCUUCUUUCCCUUCGAGAAUUCAACCUUGACCAAUGGAGCCGGGUGUCUGUCGCAGCCUACCCCGCACUGUAACAGCAGCAGUGUGAGAGAGACACACUGUGAGAAUACUGUCUUACAAGGACAAGACAUGUCUGCCUCUCCUGUCGCGGUAGACGCCACAGGCGGUGACGUGCCUGUUUUGAGCUGGGAUUUUCCCCUAGAGGAUCCAGAGGCUCAGCAGGCUUCCAGCAAGGGAGUGUGCUUUCCAGUGAGAAACCAGGUGGAGUGGGACAAACCCUGCAACAGUUCAUCCUGAUAUCGACUUAAAUACCAGCCUACUUCAAACUCGUACCAAUUUAAAACUGUAGGCUGCAGCACAGCUGAUUUACAGACAGAAAAUCCAAGUUAGACUUUUUGGGCUUGAAGACGACAUUUUCUUUGAUCCCUGACUGUCGAUCAGUGUCCACUCGCCCAGUCAAUAUCAACUGUUGUCCUAGUUUCAUCCAGAUACCAGUUAAUCUGACAGUUGAUGAAUGUCGGAAAUGGAAAAGAGAAGACACCAUAACUAGACUGAUUUAUGUCGUUUGCACAUUUCUGGGCCUGUAGUUUAUCUUUUUUUAAUGUUAAGCUUCUUGUGUGGAACAACUAAGAUAUAGUUAUAGUUUUAUGACUUGAAAAUCCACCACUCACUACAGCACAAAGCAACAUUGCUGCUUGUUGGAGGUUGCACACAAACUCAUUAAAUACAAAGUUCAGUAAGUGGGAAAAGCUGUUGUGUAGUAUGUGUAAUUGAAUAGUUGUGGUUCUCUUUGGUUUGCCUGUAUGCAUUUUUGGAUCCCACACCAAAACUGUAGCAAGAUUUAUAAUCCUGUUGAUUAUAAAUGAACUGCCGUCAGUUUGCCAGUUCGGGUAUGCAAGUUUGGCUUGAGCUGAAUAUUAGAUAUCUAAGAGAGAAGGAACCCAAUUCACACAAGAAAAGACUAAAGACAGAAUACUGGUGCUGCAAGAAAACUAAACUCGAGAUGUCAGCCGUCAUGAGAUGUGGAUGAUUUGUUCUUUAGUUCCUUCAGUUUUUUUCACAGAUGAUCCCUCACUACAAUGGCCUAUUUAAAAAGAGGUUUUCAAAAAAUACUUAAAAGUUUCUGUUCUUUGCUGCAUUUAGCUACUCUUGAGCAUAAACAGUAGAAAAAUACUCUGCUCUUUAAGCCUUUAAAGGAGAUUUGGCCUUACAUUGUUGCUUCUGUACGUACUGUAUCUUUACCUCCUCCUGCCUAGCAUUAAUUCAGAGUCAACCGAGGUUGAGCUAAGGCUGAGGAAACAUGUAGACUUAGUAAAUGCUUUGAGGGAAACCAGAAAGACACAAGUGAUUGUGCCAAUGGGAUGAAGAGUUUGGGAGAGGGUUGCUUUAAAGGGAUUAACCACAGGAACAAUACAGACUGAACUGACCAUGGAGAAAUGUUAGGCAAGUGUGACGAGUGAGGUGGUUGUGCUGGUUGAACCUCCGCUAUAGGUUUUUUUACAAAAGAGCUGCGAAACUAAGUGAUGUACUCCAAGCAGAGUGAAGGUAGAAGAAUAGAAUACAGUUGAAUAGAAGGGAAUAGCUUUUCCUUGCAGCUUGCUGCAUUUCAACUGAAGCUCAUAUACGGCUUUUAAAAAGAUUAACUUUGGAUUCCAUUUUCUCUCCAUACCAUAGUCUGUAUUAUUAAGGAGGUAUCAGCUUUGGUAGGAAUAAAAUAAAUACUUCAGUGGGUUGUAACAUUUAAACAUCAUGAACAUGUGGAUAACAGCAUUGUGAGAAGGUCGUUGUGUGUUUAAGUGGGUUGAAACUGCCCAAACUAAUGUUAAAAAUCCAAUUAAAAACUGCCUGUGAGGCUUUCACAUAG